AUUCCUUAUUUUACCCAAUGCAUUUUCCACAUGUGAAAGUUGGAAAUCAUGACUGAAAAAUAAGAAUUUAUGAUGUCAGUUAUUACAAAACUGAAGGAGGCAGGCUGGCACUUGACAGCUAGUGGCAUUGAGGAUUGUAGAGGAGAAAAUGACAAUGUCAACAAAUUAAUAGAGAUCGCAAAAAAUACUGAUUUAAAAGACAUUGGUGACAGGUGGCUUCCACAAGAUGUGAACAAAGGAAAGUGUGAAUAUGUACAGGGUCCUGGAGUGCUUCAGAUUCAAAAAAUACGCAAUGUGUCUGCCCCAAAAGACAAUGAAGAAUCAAGCUAUGCUCCUCGCAUGUUGAAACUAGUUUUGACUGAUGGUCAGGCAACCUGCAAUGCAUUGGAAAUGGAGAAGCUGGAACGAAUCGGCUUAGAAACUCUUCCGGGAAGCAAAAUGUGUUUGAAAGGGAAAGUGGAAGUUGAACAUGGUUUUUUAAAGCUGUACAACCGAAAUGUUAACUUUGUUGGUGGAAGGGUUGAGAAAAUUGCAGAAAACUGGGAAUUGAAAAAGAAAUUAUCAAAACAAGUUCGUGUGUACGUAGGUUCUGAGGGAGGACCCCCACCUUUUAUGCCAUUUGGACAAAAAGUUAGAGCCAAUAAACCAACAAGUGUAAAAAAGGAAACUCAGAACUUCAAAUCAUUGGAAGUUUCUACCAAAGAGAAGAAAUCUGAAGAUGAUGAAUUUGAACAACAGAGGAAAGCUACAAUAGCAGAAGCUCUUCAGGCGAGAGAGGGGGGAAAACCCAUCAACUUUGGAGGUCAAAAACAAAUGGGCCAGGACAAGGAUAUCGCUAGAAUUGUGGAAAUGGGAUUCUCUGCUUCUCAGGCAAAUCAGGCAUUGAAACAGAGUAACGGAGACGUAGUGGAGGCCAUUAAUGACUUAUUAAGCGGUAACAGGAGACCUGGAGGGGACUUUAGUGGAAGGCGAGACAGGGGAGGAGAAGGGAAGCAGGACAGAAUUGAUAUUCCCAGUAGGGAGGAUAGGAGGGAAAGAGGUGGAAGAGGUUACAAAGGUCGAGACAAUAUAGAAAACGAGGAAUCGGAAAAACAGUCCAGACCUUCAGGGCCUGCAACUCUGUUCGAUUUUCUGGAAACAAAAAUCAAACCCGAGAAGGAAGAAAGAGACUCAAAAGAAAAGUCAAGAAGUUACCAACCGUUACAAAGUUAUAACUCAACCAACAGAUCAGAUGACAACAGGACAUACAAUAACAGAAGAGAACCACCAACAUAUCAGGAUCCUCCUCCUAGAUCAGGAAGAACAUAUCAGGAUCCUCCUCCUAGGUCAGGAAGAAAUGACAACAGAGCUAAUGGAAGGAGAUCUGAAUUCAGAGAAAACGACAGAUCUGAAUGGGAUAGUAGACAAAAUUACAAUUCUGACAGGUCCUCCCAAAAUAAUGAUAGAGGGAAAUCCUACACUGACAGUAAAAAAGGACAAGGGUUCAGUGGGGACAGAGAUCGAUAUGACGGUGACAGGAGGAGAGACAGGGGGCAACAAAGGCAAUCAUACAAAGGUGGCAGCAACGAAAAAGGGAACUGGGAGAAUAAACAAGACAGGGGAGAUAACUCAGAUCGGUACAACGAAAGUGGUAAUCGACCUAAAAGUGGGUAUCAAGACAGAAAGCAAGGAAGGCAACAGGACUAUGACCAAAACAGACCUCGGUCAGAAAUGUCUGGCCGCAGUACAAAACAAGAUUUAUCAAAUCAGAAUGCAAGAAAUCCACCGCCGUCCAAGGAUUCCUACAAUUCAGGGAACCAGUUUUCCCAGCCUCCCCCUUCACUGCCACAAUAUAACCCUGAUGUUCCUCCACCUCCACUUCCUCAGCAGAUGAACAAUUUUCUGCCAAACCAAAAGGUUAAUAACUCAACAUGGAAGCGAGGAGACAGGUGUAUGGCUAAAUACUGGGAGGAUAACAAGUACUACUCAGCAGUGGUGGAGAAUGUGGACCCCCGAUAUCCUACUGUGGUUGUGCACUUUUUAGACUACGGCAACGCAGAGGAAGUCAACCUCUGUGAUGUCCGACCUGAUCCGCAAUUCUUAAUAUCUACAGGGAACCAGAGAUCUACUUCACUACCUCAACAACAGUAUCCGAGGUCAUCUGAGGACACUCAAAUCCGAUCCAUGGAGUUCCGUCGCAAACGAACAGAUCAGGGUGAUAGGCAACAAACGUUGUACCAACCACCUAAUCGCCAGCCCCUAUACUGAAAAUGAGGAAUGUCAUGUCGGAGUACAAAAACGAAAAAUAGCUGUCACUAUUUUCUCAAAAAUUAGUGUUGGAUUUUUAAAGAUGACUUGACAUUUUUUCAGUGUAAAGCACUGUAUUCAUGUGCAAUGUUUUGAAAAAUCAAUGUCAUUCAUUUAUUUAGUCUGUAAAAUCAGUUUAUGAACCAUAUAUUGUAAAAUAAUGACAACUUGUGAGUUCUUCAUUAAAGUAAAAUGUAUUA